AUGCACUUUGCAAGGAAAGCAUACUUUGGAUCAAGAGUCAAUGUCGCAAGUUCAUCUUUGUCGGUGGUGGUUGAUUUCGACCUUCAUAGACCAAGGGAAGUAGGGGAUUCCGUCGCAGAGACUCUGAAACCGAGCAAGUUUCAAAGAAUCCCAAUACUAGAUCUGGGAAACCAAUCGCUAUCAGUACGAAGUGGCUAA